GCGGGCUGAAUGGCAGCGGCGGACCGCUUGUUUUUGCAGUGAAGAAAUGUGAAGCUUCUGCGCCUUUGUGGAACAAACAUAUUAAAUAAAUAAAUCCUCAACACUGUUUGUUCCGUCGAGUGUCUCAGUCUCGGUUUGUUUGAUAGAAACUUAGUUUAGUUAACAGCUGCUGGUGCCGAGCGGGUCGAGCUAACCUGCUGUUUAAAUCUCCAGAUGAUCCACAAACUAGCUGGUUGAGUCGCUAGUUAGCCAACUAGCUAAAUUUAGCUCCGGACCGGAGAGUGAAGCCCCGGCUCGGCGCUCCGCUCCCCCCGCGGAAAACAGCCUCUGUGUGGACUUUGUUCCGGUUGGGGCUCGGUGGUAUGGCGGUGACCCGGGCAGCUGGCCGCUAACAGAAGGUUUUAUGGGGGGGGGGAGGUGGUAAAGUUAGCCGAGCUAGCCGAGCUGACAUGGCGAGCUGUGAUGGCGACGUGACUCAGAGGAGCUGCGAGCGGAGCGGGAAGCUGCUCCGGCUCCGUGUCCCUGCACCGACCCGCCGACAGGUCACCUUCACCCCGCGGACUCCGGCGGCUCCGUGUCGGGUGGAAGUAAAUGUUGUUAGCUAAGUUACGUGAUCCAGAAUCUCUCGAGCUGGACUCCCUCAAAUAACCAGAAAGAUGAAGGCAGCAGACGAGCCUGCCUACCUGACAGUAGGGACGGAUGUCAGCGCCAAGUACAGAGGAGCCUUCUGCGAGGCCAAAAUCAAGACUGUUAAACGCAUGGUGAAGGUCAAGGUGAAUCUGAAAGGUGAAAGUACGUCCCAGGUGGUGCAAGACGACCAGGUCAAAGGACCUCUGAGGGUGGGCUCCACUGUGGAGGUGAAGACCAACGAGGGUUUAUCCAGCGAGGCCGUCAUCAGUAAGCUGACGGACGCCAGCCUCUACACUGUGGUGUUUGAUGACGGAGACGAGAAGACUCUUCGUCGUACGUCUCUGUGUUUGAAGGGAGAGAGACACUUCGCAGAGAGUGAGACGUUGGACCAGCUGCCGCUGACGAACCCGGAGCAUUUCGGCACUCCGGUUAUCGGCAAGAAGUCGAACCGCGGCGGGCGGCGUUCGUCCCAGGCUGUGGCUGAUGAGGAGAACGAGUCUUCGUCCAGUGAGGAUGAGGAGGAGGACAGGAGGAGGCUGAAUGAUGAGCUGCUGGGGAAAGUCUGCAGCAUUGAGAGUGAUGAGGAUCCCAGCAACUGGUACCUCGCUCUGGUUGUGUCUCCCAGCUGUAACGAUGAGCUGGUGGUGAAGAAGGAUCAGUGUCUGGUCAGGUCCUUCGGCGACUCCAAGUUUCACACGGUGGCGAGGAGACACGUCCACAUCGUCAACUCCAUCAGCCUCGCCAAGUCUGAGUUCUCACACAGGAGAGGUUUCGAAGCAGCCCGGGUCUUCCUCAGGACCAGGGAUGUUCCAGACGUGUGGAAGAUGGACAUGAGUCAGAUCCUGGACUCGUCCUCCAGCGACGACGAGGACGACGAAGAGGAGAAGGAGAGCGAAGAGGACGAGGAGGACGAAGACGAGAAGAAGAAGAAGAAACACAUAAAGGAAGAGCCGGAGGAGGAGCUGGACCCCGAGGAGAGAGACCACUUCCUGCAGCAGCUCUACAAGUUCAUGGAGGACCGAGGGACCCCCAUCAACAAGCCUCCGGUGUUGGGUUAUAAAGACCUGAACCUGUUCAAGCUCUUCAGACUGGUGUACCAGCAGGGAGGCUGCCGCAAGAUCGAGAGCGGGACGGUGUGGAAGCAGAUCUACAUGGACUUGGGGAUCCCCGUCCUGAACUCUGCUGCGUCCUACAACGUCAAGACGGCCUACAGGAAGUAUCUGUAUGGCUUCGAGGAAUACUGCCGCUCCGCCUCCAUCACCUUCAGGACCAUCCACCACAACAACCCCCGCCCCCCAACCACACCAGCCAAUCAGAAGACAGCGGGGGCGGAGCUCAAAGAGUCCCCCUCCCCGUCAGUGAAGGCGGAGCCUGACGAUGACGACAAGGGAGAGGAGGCGGAGUCGGAGAGCGAGAGUGAGAAGGAGGAGGUGAAGGAGAGACAGUCGUCCCCGAGGGGGAGGAGGAGGUGCGCUGGCAGUCAGGUGAGGCCAGAGAGAGAGCCGCCCUCCAGACCAGAGAAGAGAGGAGGAGGAGGAGGAGGAGGAGGAGAGAACAGCGAGGAGCAGAGGGAGGUGAGGAGACGCAGCAACAGAAGACUGGACGACUCAGAGAGAGGCUCUGAGGAAGAGGAGGAGGAUGACGACGAUGAAGAGGACGAGGAGGGCGAGAGGAGGAGAGUAGACAGGAGUGAUGAUGAGGAGGACGGGGACUCCGUGGCGGGGACGAAGGUCCGGGUGAAGUACGGCAAAGGAAAGACUCAGAAGAUCUACGAAGCUCACAUCAAGAAGACGGACAACGACAACGGAGAGCAGUUCUACCUGGUGCACUACUACGGCUGGAACGUCAGGUACGACGAGUGGGUGAAGGCCGACCGGAUCAUCUGGCCGGUGGAGAAAGGAACGAAGAAGAGACAGAGGAAGAAGGUGAAGCAGAACAAAGACAAGGAGGAGGCGGAGAAAGACGACGAGAAGGCGUCGAUGGCGGCGGCGGUGGCGAAGCCUCCGGGAGCGAAGCGGGGACGUCCUCAGAUCAGGACCCCGCCCACCAGCUCGGCCGGCCGCAGCGUCUCCAACACGCCGAGCAGCGAGGGGCGGUCCAACGGCAAGAGCAGCAAGAUGGAGACGCCGACCAACAUGGCCAACGGAGACAACACUCCUCGGAGGAGAACCAGGAGGACGUCCGGCAUGUACGACUCGGACCGAGCGUCUAACGAGGAUUCUGGGAACUCAUCAGAGGACAGUGAAUCAGAAGACCCGCCUGACAAAAAACCGUCACCGUGGCGAGGAAGGACUGAAGCCCCGCCCAGCCAGGAGGAGGAGGUGAAGGAGGAGGAAGAGGAGGAGGAGGAAGAGGAGGAGCAGAGUGAGGUCAUUAAUGUCACACCGCCUCUUAACAACAACAACAACAACACUGUCGCCUCGGCAACAAUAGGUCAGCCUCCUGCCCCCGCCACACCGCCAUGUCCCAGCACACCUCAGGAGAAAGCUGACAAAGCCUUGAGCCAAUCAGAGAAGAGGGAGGCUGAGCAGGGGGAGGAGCCUGCGGAAGAAGCCGCCAUGUUGCCCGUCGACCUGGACAAGGAGAACAAGAUGUCUCCGGUUCAAGAGCGAGUCCAGAAGACGCCGUCUGUCCCGGAGAAACCACACAAACAGGAAAUACUGGUCAAGACGUCUCCCAGCAGGACGUCUCCUCUUCCUGACAAGAUCAACAAAACGUCUCCCGGCGCCUCAGACAAACACAAAAUGUCUCCCGUCCCUGAGAAGCAGCCGGAGGCGUCCUCGCCGCUGCCCGACGCCGCCGAGGACGACGACAGCAGGUCCACUCCUCUGUCUUCCCCCAGGGUCAAAGGUCGCAGGGCCAACCUGAGGGAGGUGGGCUCUGAAACUCCUCCCAGAAUCCCCGUGUGCACCCCGAGCCCUGCGCCUGCCCCCGCCCCCGCCGUCGCGAGCAGCCCCUCCCACCCGACAGCGCUGUCGUCUCCUCCUCGCAGCGUCCUUAAGAGACAAGACGAGCCCAUGGUGGUCCUUCACUGCCUCCCCACCCAGCGUCUCGCCGCCGACUCCGACACAGACUCCGCCUCUGAGGAGGAGGAGGGGGAGGAGGGGGUGGGGCUACCGGAAGACCAGGGCGGAGCAGCGCUCAAACGUAAGGCGGCGGAGCAGAGAGCGCCAGACAAGAAACUCCGCCCUGACAGGAGGCCAGAGGAGGUCAAACCCGCCUCACCUAAGAUGGCGGCUGGUGCGUCACCCAAGCCCCUCCCGUCCCCGCUGCAGCGGGCGGAGCCAGAGAGGAGGAGCGACGCGGUGGUGAAAGCAGAGGAGACGCCGAAGGAGGCGUCAGAGGAGCGUCUGAAGGAGCCAGAGGUGCAUGAUGGAACGCCCCCCCAGGCUCCGGAGGCCCCGGGCCCCGCCCCCUCCGAGGAGCCACAGAUGGGCCCCGAGGCGCUGGUCUGCCACGAGGUGGACCUGGACGACCCGGACGAGAAGGAGAAGCCGACCGCCGCCGCCGCCGCGGAGCACCUCCUGCUGAUGAUGAGGGAGCAGCCGGCUCCGCUGCCUCACCUCCUCCUCCCCUCCCCCCACCCCCCCCUCCUCCCCCAGCAGCAGGUCAGACCCUUCCUCCCGGCCGCCGCCGCCCCUCCCUGCCCCGAGGAGCUCCGCCCCACCAGGAGCUCCGGCGAGGAGCGAGGAGGUGGCAGCGGGGAGCCGGAGGGAGACGCAGACUCCAGCCCCGGGUUUGAUGGCAGCACCUCCUCCUCCUCCGCCUCCCUGCUGUCGCUGCAGAAGAACAAGGACCGAGGUCAGAAGAGGGUGAUGGACUGUAACUCCAGCCCGUCGGCCAAGAAACCGAAACGCAACCAGAAACGACCAAACACACCUGGGAAGGUGGAGAAGAACGGAGCAGGUCACAGCAGCGACAGCGAGGAUCAGUCUCGUCUGUCUCUGUCCAAGUCUCAGAAGUCUCGCUGUCCUGGUCUCUCGUCUCCGUCUUCGCACAGCAAAGACAAACAGAACUUCCCCUCGCCGCAACGCACAUACAAGUGGACCUUCCAGCUCGAUGAGUUGGACAGCAUGUCGAGCACAGAGAGGAUCUCCUUCCUGCAGGAGAAGCUGCAGGAGAUCAGGAAGUACUACAUGACGCUGAAGUCAGAGGUCGCCUCCAUCGACAGACGCAGAAAGAGACUAAAAAAGAAGGAGAGAGAAGUGUCCAACACGACGGCGUCCACCUCGUCGGGCUCCUCAGACACCGGUAUGAGUCCGUCCUCGGCCUCGCCCACUCAGAACACAGUGGCUGUGGAGUGCAGGUGAUGACACGCCCACCCAGGCCCCGCCCACUCCCAUGCCUCUUCAUUCUGCUCGGCCACGCCCCCUCACACACCCACCCCCCCCCUCUCCGUCACGGACUCCGCCCACUCAGCCACCUCUGAGGGCAUGAUGGGAGAAAAAGAAAAAUAAAGUCUGAACUCUGACGGGAAACAUGGCCGUGUGCGUGUGUGAGGAGGAGGGGGAGGGGACGCUUCCACCUGACCUUAGCCCCGCCCCUCACUUCACCUAUGGACUGACUUCCUGUUUGAGGAGACAAAUGUAACCGAUUUAAUGAGAGCGUCUGUCCAGCCGCCACAGAGCACUUCUUCUCUUUUCCUUCCUUCCUUCCUUCCUUCUUUCCUCCGGUGCGUCCUCAGUUCUGUCGCUCAGCGUCUCAAAAAGAAAAAUAAUGUGAUCAUUUUUGGGGUUGUCGGGGGUCAAAGGUCACAUGUUUCCUGCUGGUCCGAACACUGGAGAAGUAGAAAGAGGAAACAGAUUUCCUGAAGCAGCACAGGUCAUUGUGCAACUUUUUUUUUUUUUUUUUUUUUUUUUAGUUCAACUCAAA